AUGUUCAAACCAUUCAAGCCGCCGCUCCUCAAGAGUGUUAGGAAAUCAACAGUCGAUUUGACGGAGUCAGACUCGGAGUCGGAAUUCCCCCAGUCUCGGCCGACCAAGAAACGCAAAUUAAUCCAUGUGGUUGAAGACAGCCCUCCUCCGUCGAAAAAGCCCCCUCCCAGUUCUUCAGCUGUCAACGCGCCUAGAAAACCUUUGCUGGUAGUGAAGAAUCCGGUAGAAACUAAAACGUCUUCAGAUCAACUACUGGAAGGAUUGGAGGGAUAUUACAUGGUCCUAUGGCGUAAAUUCACGGCCAAGAAACAUAAGACAUGGGAUGGGGAUGGAGUUCUCUCGGUAUACGGCGGUUAUGCUCGUCUACAAGAUAUAUCCGGCCGAGAUAUGGGCAGAUGCAUGUACAAGGACCCUCUCUUGCCAGGCAGUACAUUGAGCGUGGGAGGAAAGGAUGUCGAGGUUGAUUGUACUAUCAGCAAGGCCGACUUCUUGGCCGGCAAGCCGUUUUUGAAUACUACAGCAAAGCGUACGCAGAGUUCCGGGAGCAACAGUACCAGCAGUCCAGUUCCGAAUGCCACAGCUGCCCAUGUCAUCUGUAAACCCAACUCUCAACAACCCAUUGGGCUAAGUAAGGUGGGUUUGUUGAAAACUGCAAUCUCCUCCAAAGGCUUCUACGCAACAACAAACAAGAGCAUGGCAACGAAUGCAAAAUUCAAAACCCCUGUUCUCUCGACAUCCAUUAUGCCGCAAAAGAAGGAUGGAGGGCCAACACCACGCCAUGAUCCAAAUACCCCUGGGUCUCUGGUUAUGAAAAGAAUGAAGGACAUUCCUCGGGGAAAAGAAGUAGUCGACGUGGUCGUAGACCCUUUCUUAAGUCAACAUCUACGGGAACAUCAACGUGAAGGUGUAAAAUUCCUCUAUGAAUGUGUGAUGGGAAUGAGAGAUUUUAACGGCCAGGGUGCCGUUUUAGCAGAUGAGAUGGGUCUAGGCAAGACCUUACAGGCGAUCACAUUAAUAUGGACGCUCUUGAAACAAAAUCCGAUACACGGAUCCGAGGGAGUGAUCAAGAAGGCGUUGAUCGUUUGCCCCGUCACGUUAAUCGUGAAUUGGAAGAAAGAAUUCCAAAGAUGGCUAGGCAAUGAGAGGAUUGGUGUCUUGGUGGCAGACAACAACCAGAAGAUUCGGCUAACUGACUUUACUCAUGGCAAGAGCUAUAGUGUUAUGAUCAUUGGCUAUGAGAAGCUGCGAUCAGUCCAGGACGAGCUAAAGAAAGGGGCAGGAAUUGACCUCGUGGUGGCUGACGAAGGACAUCGUCUUAAAACUGCCCAAAACAAAUCUGCCCAAGCUAUUCGCUCGCUGAAUACUCCUAGGAGAAUCAUCUUGUCUGGAACGCCAAUACAGAAUGAUCUUUCGGAAUUCUUCGAAAUGGUGGACUUUGUCAAUCCCGGUCUUUUGGGGAAAUACAAUACCUUCAAGAAAGAAUUCGAACUUCCAAUUAUGAAAAGCAGACAACCAGGAGCUUCAGAGAAUGACACCGAGAAGGGAACCGCUAGAGAGGAAGAACUAUCAUUAUUAACCAAGAUGUUUAUUUUACGGCGAACCGGGGAGGUUAUUUCCAAAUACCUACCACCGAAAACUGAAUACGUAGUCUUCUGCAGCCCAACUCAAGCGCAGGUGGAGGUAUAUCGCCAUGUUCUUGAAUCGCCGUUUUUCGGGACAUUGUUAGGAAACUCUGAGUCGUCACUACAACUCAUUACGUUGCUGAAGAAGGUCUGCAACGCCCCAAACUUAUUGCUGAAGCAAGAUGAGGAGGCUGCCAGAAAUUCGAAUGUCGCUCAGCUCCUUGAGAUAAUCCCCCCUGAGCUUCUACGCAAUCCUCCGGUCAAGUCCAGCAGCAAAUUUCGGGUGCUUGAUCAGCUGCUUCGAUACCUAUCCACCAAAACGUCAGAGAAAAUCGUCCUUGUCUCAAAUUAUACAGCAACUCUCGAUCUUUUUGGCCAGCACCUCGCUUCUCUCUCUCUCCCUUUUCUUCGCCUCGAUGGCAGCACACCAUCAGGGAGACGUCAGGAUCUAGUCGAUACAUUCAAUCGAACCCCUGCAGCAAAGAACUUUGCCUUCCUUCUUUCUGCCAAAUCUGGUGGGACAGGUCUCAACUUAAUCGGGGCAUCUCGGCUGGUUCUUUUUGAUGUGGAUUGGAAUCCGGCAGUAGAUUUGCAAGCAAUGGCCCGAGUAUAUCGAGACGGCCAAAAAAGGCCAGUUAAGAUAUAUCGAUUCCUGAUGGCGGGCGGCAUGGACGAAAAGAUCUACCAGCGUCAAGUCACUAAGAUGGGCCUGGCUAACAGCGUUGUUGAUGGGAAGAAGAAUGAAUCCAGCUUUUCUCCCGAAGAGCUAAGAGAUUUGUUCAGACUUAAAGUCAAUCCUGGGUGUCAGACCCACGAUCUACUUGGGUGCGAUUGCAAUGGCCAGGGUGCUGAUCCACUUCCUCCCAGUCUCCCAGAAGCCAUAGACGCCGACGACAACAGCGGCGAUGCCAGCGAGGAUAACGAGGAUAGUGAUGACGAUGCAUUAUUCCCUAUUAAUCCUGCCCUCGCGCCUGUCCCUGGGACUAAAGCCAACGUUGCAGCUAUUGAGCAAAAGAUAGCUGAAGAUGCACAGAAAAGACGACUCGAAAAGGCAAAGGGGAAGGUGCAGGCGCUAAUGCAAUAUAGGCAUAUUGAUGCGUCUAUCUUCCGGGGCGAGACGGAAGAUAUCUUUGGCUUCGAGCACGAAGAGGUUAAAGACUUGAAGAAAAUGGUUGGUGAUGAUGCGUUAGUGGCUAUAUUAGGGGAUCGUGGUUGCAAAAUAAAUUAUAUAUUUGCUAAGAAAGGAUGA